UGAAAGGUCAUGGACGGCAAAGGAAGCCAUGUUGGAUAGGAGGUAGCAGAAUUUUGACGAGAUUGACGAAUUGGAAGGUGUAUGACAAUACCUACUCCAGCAUGGCUGGGAUGGGACAGUUUGGAUUUCAAGGACAGAAGGAGAACUCGCCUGGCAGUAGAAAAAACAUGAAUCUCAUCGGCUCUGGGAGAAAAAAGGGGUUUGGAGAGGAGCAGGACAAUGAGCAAUAUGGAGACCCCACCAUGUACUUCCAACAGGUCUUUCCUCCACAGAGACCAGACAAGGAUCAGAUGUCCCAGUUUGCCGGUCUCUAUGGUAACCAAGGCCUUGGUGGUAUGGGUGCACUAGGUAUGCAGGUGGGGCCACGAGGGGUGGCCAACCCCCAACAACAGUUCAACAGGAGCAUGUCCAACUCUGGGGUCAGCAACAUGCCCCCUGUACCUGCAGGGAUGCCCCCUUCCUCUCCUAGCAGAGGGCUGUUGUCCAUGGGUCCCCGUGGCAUGGUUAACCAGACACAGGGCAUGCAAGGCCUGAACAUUCCCAAUAGGAACAACAAGAUGCCAUCAGGGCUGGCCAGUCCAAAUAGUCGCAGCUCGCCCAUUCUAAACCUACAGCCUCAGGCACCAGGGAACCCCACAUCACUAGGAGCUUUAGCAGGCCUGGGUCUCAGUAGAAACCAACCGUUCAGCAGUCAGGGCCUAUUGGGAAGUAUGGGGUCCGUUGGGAGUGGGUCAGGCUUCAGUAGUGCAGUAAAAUCUGACAAACAGUCCGCUAACACGUCCGGCAACCGGAAGAUUGGACAGAUGAGCGGCAACACCUGGGAACAUCCCUGGACAUACGAUUUCCCUGCUCUGAGUGAUCGGCGUGGUAGUGAAAGUGGCUCCAAUACCGUUGGUUCCAAUAUGCCUGGUAGAGCGUAUGCUGGUAUGGUGGCCAAACCCCCGAGUGAACCCCAGCAGGAGUUUACCAUCCAUAAUGAAGACUUUCCGGCAUUACCAGGGACACAGAACCAAGAAAAUAACAGAGACGAGAAUGCAAACAAAACACCCACAAGUACGGCAGUAUCAUCAGCAGGAGCUCUCUCUCUUCCACCCCAAGGUAUGGCAGACUUCAGCUGGAUAAAAUCCGACUCACCAGGGUUUAAACAGUUCAAAGCAGUUCUGGCAAACGAUGAAGGAGGGACAGGGUCAGAUCCGGCCAAGUUCCCAGUAGACAAGUCCCAGAAGAGGGGGAUUCAGACGUUACCGGACGGAACGGUAAGAAACAUCCCCGCGGGUAUGGUAACGGACCAGUUCGGCAUGGUGGGUCUCCUCACCUUCAUACGGGCGGCGGAGACAGACCCCAACAUGGUGGCGCUCGCGCUGGGGAGCGACCUCACCACGCUAGGGCUCAACCUCAACUCUCCAGAGAACUUGUAUAAUAACUUUGGUGGGCCCUGGGCGGACCACCCGUGCAGAGCACAAGAUAUAGACUUCCACGUCCCGUCCGAGUACCUGACCAACAUCCACAUCAGGCACAAGCUGGCGCCCAUCAAGCUGAACCGGUACGGGGAGGACCUGCUGUUUUUCAUGUUCUACACAGCGACGCAGGACGUGCUGCAGUUAGCCGCUGCUGCAGAGUUGUACAACCGAGACUGGAGGUACCACAAGGAGGAGAGAGUGUGGAUCACGAGAGCGCCGGGGAUGGAGCCGCACGUCAAAACCAACACGUACGAGAGGGGCACGUACUACUUCUUUGACGCCCAGGGGUGGAGAAAGGUUGCCAAGGAGUUCCAUUUAGACUACGACAAGUUGGAAGAUCGGCCCCAUCUGCCCGCGACGUUGCACCACAACCCAGCCGCUCUCGCAUGAUAUCGAAAGCGAUAUCAGUCUCCUACUUCAGCCCUAACAUGCUUUAAGUCUUAAAGAAGCUCCAUGGGCUUCUUCAGGUACUUAAGAUAUUUGGGCUGGGUCUGAGACUCUAUAGAGUAGAUGUAAGGAUAUACCAAUGUGUGAAGGAACAGUGAUGAUGUCUCAGUGAACAGUAGUGUUCCAGUGCUUUACUUAAAGUUACCUUUCAUAUAGGCCAUUGACCACCAUAUAGGCCAGUAUCAUUGUCAUACUUAUCUAAUACGUCAGUCAAAUUAUGUGUCAAAUGGAGAAAACUUUUCCUCUAUCCAGAACUGUGUGUGCAGUUUGGUACUUAUUUACUCUCAUCCUCUGUUCAUGUUUUCUUUGUACGUUUUAUGAGAGUCACUCUUCUCUGUAGUCACAUUUUUCUGUGGCUACGUGCCUGGGCUGGGGUGCUAUUGUUCAUUGAGACAUAUCUAUGUGUGUAUAUAUAGAGGUAGAUUUUGCCAUCCAACAUGGCAGGUUAGACCAGCUGGAAGUGGAAAGAGCAGAGGGGCAACUACACAUAAAGUACAGACCACUAAACAUAUGGAAUUUCUUCCUGUGAGCUCCUGAAAAGAGUGUGGUUCCCAAAGAGGAAAAUAUUCACUACUACAGAUUCCUAAGGUCAGUGUACCAAGGUUGGUUGUAGAUUCACUGUCAAACCCACCGAUCAAAACAACCAGCCAUUCGGUAUUGCGACCGGAAGAUAAGAUGUUGUAUCUUCUUUAUGUUUGUCAAGGUAGCGGAAGGAUCCUAUAAGGAUCCGCGUGUACAAUGCCAAUGUACAGACCUGAAUUGUAACCCUGCCACGGUAGUGGGGAAGAUAUGACAUUUGUAAACAAUGCACUUGAGCCGUGCCUUGUGGAGAAGUCAGGUGUUUUUAACCAGGGCGCAGGACCCGUACAAGUCAGAACGUUGAUGUGAAUAUCCUGUACAUCAGUGGGUUUAUCAGAGGCAGAUAUUGUGAUGGCUUGUGGGGAUGCUGUGCUCUCAGGACCAGGGGAUGGGAUACCCCUAUGUGGGUACAGGAGUGAGGCUGUGAGACCUGCUGUGUCAGUAAUAAUAAAACUCUUCUCAAAAUAGAA